AAUUUCUCAAUCUUCACAUUCUGACCAGUUGAUACCAACAUUUCUGCAAAUUAGUUCUGCUUGCGAUACUGACUCUACUGAUGUGAUGGUUCCUUGCGCACUUCAUCUAUCCUUGGAGACAGAGAGGAAACAUUUUACCCUGGAACUGUCCCCUGACAUGACGAUCGCUCCUGCUGGGUCACACCAUGCACAGAAGGCAGAAACCCGGAGCUCCGGAACACAAGAGGGACCUUGCAGCUCACAGAGGAGCUCUAUCCAUGUCUCACAACGACACACGCUCUUUUUUCAACUUGUCUCAGCUUGUGCUCUCAGCUGGCCAGCUCAAAUCACCACCUGUGCUCAAACAUUCCAAAAUCACUUACUUUGAAGUGGAAAUUCUUGAUGUGCAAAGUAAGAAGCAGAUCUGCAUUGUGGACAAGGUAUCUCCAUCAUCUACCCUUCUUGAUGUGAAACACAAAUUUCACAAAGCCUGUCCCCAGUGGUACCCUUCCCGUGUUGGCCUGCAACUAGAACGUAAUGGGCCCUAUUUGAAGGAUUCCAUUAACAUUCAAAGUCUGGCCGUUUCCUCCAUCAUCACACUGUAUUUCACAGACCUGGGUCAGCAGGUUGGCUGGACCACAUUUUUUCUAACCGAAUACACUGGACCUCUUCUAAUUUAUCUGCUGUUUUACAUUCGCCUCUCGAGUAUUUAUGAUAAAGUGGAAAGUACGAAGAACUUCCGCCACCCAGUGGUACACUUGGCCUGCUUCUGCCAUUGUUUACACUACAUCAGGCAUCUUCUAGAGACGUUAUUUGUCCACAAGUUUUCAGGAGGGCACACUCCUCUAAAAAAUAUGAUAAAGGGCUGUGCCUUUUACUGGGGAUUCACAUCCUGGAUCGCAUACUAUGUCAACCAUCCGCGGUACACACCACCAUCAUUUGGCCACAGACAAGUUGCUUUUGCUGCCCUUGCUUUUCUGAUGUGUGAAGCUGGAAAUCACUUUAUCAACGUAGCUUUGGCUCACCAAAAUCAUUCAGGAGGCAAAGCCUGUUUUCCAAGUCCAACCUACAACCCAUUCACGUGGCUCUUCUUGCUGGUGUCCUGUCCCAACUAUACAUAUGAGGUUGGGUCCUGGAUUAGUUUCACAGUGAUGACACAAACUCUCCCAGCUGGCAUUUUUGCUUUCCUGAUGGUCAUCCAGAUGUCUCUGUGGGCCCGCAAGAAGCACAAGCUGUACCUGAAGAGAUUUUAUCCUGAGGUGCGGAGAAAAGCAGCCAUGAUUCCCGUUAUCUUCUAAGCUCUGCACAAGAGUUGCAGCUGAAGUUCAACAGCUGACUCACAGUAAAUGAGCCAUUUUCACUCAGUAGCCAUGUGGAUCUGAGGAAGAGCGACUGAAUAUCUUUUUCAGAAAAUAAACAGUUCAAAACAAAGAGUUUUUAAUUAAGUGAAAAAACGUAGCUUUCAGAUUCUUUGUUUCUGCUACAAGAUAUGGUUUAAUUAGAUUUUCUUUAAAGGAGAUAAUGGGGAACGGACAAGAAAAUUGCUUAUAUUGAAUUUUAGGCUAGAUAUUUAGCUAGUGUAAGUGGGGACAGAUGCUUUUAAAAUUACUAGAAUAGAGCUCAUCCGCAUGUGUUCAGGUCUGGUGAUUUUAAGGUUCAGUGUUAGAUGCUGACAAGUCUUGGAUUUUUGCAUCAGAAGAUGUUUCACAGACUUAUUUUUAUUAAACUGCGUAGAACCAGCAAGUUUUGCCUCAGCUCCUCUGAAGCAUCACAUCAAAGAAAGGCCACUAUACUGUUAACAUAGUUUAGUUCAUCUUUACAAGGUUUUUCUUUCUUUUUUUUUUAAUUGAAUCUGUUAUCAAGUUGUUUAACACAAAUUGUCUGAAAUCGAUCACUGCAGAUAGGUUCUGGCUCACUUUCAUUUUCAGGUAGGCAGAUCAUCCCCGUGGUCCCAGGAGGGGCCUGUUUGUGAAAUGCCUGCCAUCUUGCCACUAAUUUACAGCAGGACCUCAGGCACCUCAUUUAAAGUCCCCCCCUUUUGGACACUGAACACUUCUGGAAACAGCAUGGGACUUCCUGGACUAACAAGUGUGUUAAGAUCCCCUUGUUCAGUGCCUGACUGCGUCCAGACGCCAUUUGCCUGACUUGUACCAAGAACUGUGACAUCCUUUGGCGCGAGGUGAAGCAGAGCACAGCUCCUUCUCAAAAAGGAGAGGAAUCCUGCCAGAAUAAUUUCAGAUGAACACUGCCCCAUCUGCUUCUCUGCUUUCCAGGACAUUAUUAUUUAAGGGAUUCUCUGGCCUUGUUAUUCCAGUCCUAAAAACUCUAUUUAGCCCCAUUUGCAAAUGGGCAGCACUCAUGUCAUGCUGAAGCAAAAUUUUUAGGAAUUUCAGUUACAGAGAGCAAAAGUACCAGAACUGCUUUAGCAGGUAUUAAGAUAUUGAGAGUUCAGACAUUAAGUCCAGUGUUCAUUCUGUUUCUGUUGCACAUGUAUUGAUGAAAAAGCUUGUCUGAAGAACUUUGAUCAUUAGAGGAACAUCAGAGUACACCAGCAAGGCAGGCAGCUUCUGUCUCCUAAAGGCACUGUUAUCUUUGUGCCAGCUCAAGUGUUCUAACAAAGUUAUUUUGACCAGUAAAUUGGGUUCAUAUUCCCCCCUCUAAUGUUUAACUCACAAUACUUAUCCUUUUAGCUGCAGUUAAUCUGUUUCAUCUUGGGAAUGUGAAUUAAUUGCUUUCCUUAUUUUCCCACUUGGAACCUGUGAACACCUAGAAUUUCUUAUUCCUCACAGUAGAAAACCUGAGUCACAGUGAACACUCAAUUCUCUCUACCCAGACUGCCAAUUAAGUUUUGAUUCAGGUUUAUUAAAUGUCUCAUUUUUAGCAAUCGUCAAGUUUAAAAUAGUUCAUGUGGGAGUGUAGUUUGCCAAAAUUUCUCACUUAGCUGUUAGUCAGUUGAUUGUAAGGACUGCAACUUUAAGUCUGUCCAUGGCAUGUUUCCAGAGUGAUUCCAACUGCUAGGAGCAGGUUCCUAUUUCAAAGUAGGUGCUUAGGAAUCGUUUCUCUCCCUGAUUAUUAAUUGGUCAUUCAGUCCAUGGGGACGUUGAGAGGGGGAAAGAAGGGGCUUGGCUCCUGUAGUAAAUGACUAAAGUUUUACAACAGGGGUGAGAGCAAACACUAAGAACAAAUAAAGAUCUCUUAGAGAAGGCUGUCUCGAAUAAGCAAAGCAGACAAUUUUGGAAUUCACCAACAGGGUGUUGAGUAGCUAAAACUCCUCUGAACAGCAAACAAUAGCUUAAAAAAUAGCAAUAAAUCCAGUUUCGUGCAACUUCA